AGGUACAAGUCAUACAGACUGGGACUGAGACUUGUAGGAAAAUGGAUGAUAACUUUGGGGGAUCUCUUACUCCCCCUGUGUCUCCGUAUGUGAUAGAAAGGAUGGAGAUGGAGAUAGAAUGCUGCAGACCACCUUUUUUCUCCUGCACCUUGGCUCAACGAGAUGGAGGAAAGUCCUUUUCUGCUGAUGGCUAUCUGAUCAGUGGAUCGCUUAACCGACUGCUGUUAAAAUUGGAUCCUUUUCCCACUGGCUAUGAAGCUGACACAGUGGAUAUUUUUGGUUUUCAGUGGGUGACUGAAAUGGCACUAGUUGAAUCUCCGAAACUUCUCUUUGGAUUACUGAGACAAAAGAUCAGCUGUUUGGAAGGCUUAGCACAGGCUAGUUCACGUGAUUUUGGAUAUGCCAAUAGCUUGUAUGUUGAAGCAGAUGAAAUCAGACAGCAGUGUGUUAACUUCCUCCAGUACAUCAAAGUAUUUAUUUUCAGAUAUCUCGAAUCUUCCAGAGGAUUAAAUGAUGAACAAGUUCAUCCAUACGAUGAGCUAGAAGCCCAGCUGCCCUCGUUAUUAGUGGAAGAAUUAUAUGCACUUACUCUGUUUAUUGGCCACCUCCGUGAUCUUUCCAGCAAUACCCUGGCUAACUUCUCGAUACAGAACCAGGGCAAGGUUUUUCCACCAUCCUGGCAUUUGCUGCAUUUGCAUCUGGAUAUUCACUGGUCAGUGCUGGAAAUCCUGCAUAUGCUUGGAGAGAAAAUGAUGGGUCAGGUGAUUUAUGCACAUCAGUUUAUGAAUUUAACUGGAAAAAACUUGACAAAUGUCAGCCUGUUUGAAGACCAUUGUAACAACCUUCUACAUGAUCUGAUUGUUUUAGCAAUUAACAUGUAUACUAAGGUUAGACCAUCUGAAGUACUCACUAUGUACCAUUACCAGUGCAACUGUAUCAAAGAACUAUGGGUACUGCUUAUUCAUCUACUAGAUCACAGAAAUAAAGUUUCUCAAACUGAGAAUUUCUGGAGCUGCUGUAGCAAUCACCUCAGAAAUCUGCUGCAAGUGGCUUCUGGUGUGGAAGGAGCUUGCCUAUCUGAUGCCACUCGUUGUAAGGAUCCUCAGGGUUUCAGUUGGUGGCUGGUUACCCACCUUACAAUGCUCUACAUGUUUGAUAGAAAUGGAGCUCCACGUGAAAAGAAACAAAUUGAAAACAAUUGGAGUUUUACAGAGGAGCUUUUGAAACUAUCCUCAAAUAACCAGGCUGGCAUUUUGGAAGAAAAUUUACGGAUGCAUGUUCAAUGCUGCCUAACACUCUGUAAUCUCUGGGAUACUAACCUAAAUGUUGUUUCUAUACUCUGGGAAUAUUACAGUAAGCACCUGAAUAGUUCCUUCAACAUUCCUUGGCUUGGCUUGAAAGGGCUGGCCAGUGUGAGCAGAUCUCCUUUAUCUAUGCUUGAAAUGACAAAGACUUGUUGCUGUGAUGAACAAAGCUCCAACUUGUACCAAUCUCAGAAUAGUUUUCAGCUCUUCCUCAGAAUUUUGGCUCUACAGAUUUCAAAAGGAGUGGAAACAAGUGGGGUGCACCCAUGGAAACAACUGAAAGGAAGGAUUUAUUCCAAGUUUCAUCAGCGGAAGAUGCAAGAACUUACUGAGUUGGGACUACAGAACUUUUUCAGCCUUUUUCUAGUCCUUGCAGCUGUGGCUGGGAUAGAGGAUGUUGUCAGCCGGGUAGCAGAUCUUCUGGACCUUUUAAAACCUAGCAAGCUCUCUAUUGCCCAGCAAGCAUUGAUUUGGAAGGGAUACUUUGCGUUUCUUCUGAUGUAUGAAGAGAAGAAUGUUGACAUCAGCUUUCUUGCUACAAAACUGUCAGCCAACUUUCAGAUUGUAACGAAAGAAUUCUAUCUGAAAACCACUGACCAUACGCGGAAAGUUACUCUCUGGCCCUUGCUUGCAGCAUAUAUUGAAGCUGUGCAGGAGGUAUUCGAGACCAGCUCCUACCUCCACCUUUCCGAAGAGAAGCUGUUGAAUGAGGGGUUCAGCUUGCUGUACCGUGCCUGUAGGGAAUCGGAACUGAAUGCAGCACUCACAUUUUUGCAGGUUAUACUGGCUCGUUUGAGGAGUAUUCACAACCGCACAAGCCAGCUCCUUCUGCAGCCUCAUGUGCCAACAAACAGCCUUCCUGCACCAUUAGUUGCCAAAGAGCGCCACCUAGCUAUCGCCAGUGUUCUCUGGAGGAAUUUUUUCCCUUUCGUGAAGAGCCAGAGACUGUCACAGACUCCUUCUCCACAGAUAGCUGACAUCGCUGCAGGUUUUACAUUACUGGCAAUGGAUAUGCCAAGUACAGCACCUUCUGACCUCCAGCCACAGCCUCUUAUAUCCAUGGUGCAAUUAUUUGGCUGGGAUGACAUGGUACACCCUCAGCUAGUUUGUAGAUACCUCACUCAUCUAAUUCAAAACAGUUCGUUAGUGGAUGCUCUGACCAGCUUGGGAUGCAGCUCAUACCAAACUUUUUCCGUCCACACUUGGUUUCGCUGUGUUUUGCAGCAGCAUAUGAAUCAACCCCUUGGCAUUACAGAAAAAAUGGACUCCACCCGUACAGUUGGAUGGGUAAACAUGGAGCAGUUGGCAGGGUUAACCAGGAUUGUGUACAAACUCCCAGAAGUGGAGAACCUACUCAUCGAGGCUCAACUUGAUCAGCCAGCAGUAAAGGAAGAACCCAAAACAGCUAUCUUCAUGUUUAUUAAGGCCAUUGGGAAGGCUUACUCUAAGUUACAAACUCUAGGGGACAAGUCGGCCUUGGUCUCAAAGGCCCUGGAUUAUGUCGGUGACAUAGUGAAGUACACCAAACCAUAUUUAGCUAACAAAGGACCACCUGAAGGUCUGCAUUUGAUGUACUGGACCGUUGGUUGCAUUGUGAAAUAUUGGCCAUUGAUAUUGUCCACUUCAAAAGCUCAGCAUCUCUUGUUCCGCAUCAUUGAUUGUCUGCUGUUGCCACAUACAGUCUUCCAACAGAACAAAGAAUUGCCCCCAGCAAUGCUGUCUGCCAUCCGAGAUAACUUGUCUUUGUAUCUCCAGGGACUGUCAGCUAUCGUUGGACAAACUACAGUUCAGACUACAUACGUUAAACAACAGCUGCGAAAUAUUAUUCAGCAAUAUUUUGGUCGCUUUCUUCCAUCAUCUCCUACUGGUUCGGGCAUUGUGAAUCAUCCAAUCUUACUUGCACUUUGCAAAUCCAUAGCAAUGCCUCAAGGUCAGACUCUGAGGAAGGCUGUUCUUCUUGUUAUAACUGAAAACUAUUUGCAGUUCAGAGCUCAUGCUCCUCCUCCUCGGUUAGCAGCAGUCUUGUCAUUCAUCCAUGAACUGUUCAGAAGAAACCAAAGUAGUGAUGCAGCCAGUGAGGCGAAGUUACUCCUGCCUACUGUUCUGAAAUGUUUAAUAUUUGUGAACGAACCACAAGUGAAGAAGUUGACCUCUGAGGUCAUGCGGUGUAUAAUAGAAAAUUGUCAGUCAUCAACUUCAUGUCAAGUUUGCCCUCACUUGACCUCUCUGCUAAGACAGUUCAUCCAGGAAUAUUUUGGGAUCUAUGAUCAGCAGGUGUACAGCAUCAUGGAGAUGAUAACAGCCUUGAAUCGCAACUUGGUUAUUAACCUCAUUCCCACACUAAGUCAGACACUCAAGGACACUGAACAUAAGCGAGGAUUGGGCAGGAACAAUUCACAAAGGGAGGCCUACAGAAGAUUGUUGGUCCUUCUAGGGGAGGAAGGACAAGCUGAAAUCAUCAACUUGGAAAAAGUAUCUGACAAAGCCGAAGACAGAUGUGGUUUGUGAAAGCUUCCUGGGUGCACUUGAAGAAUUGGUGAAAUAAUCUGUAAAACUUCUUAAAAUAUGUGUGGAUGCUUUAAUGUGUUAUACUUUUUUUUGUGACAUAUCAACUGAGAUAAAAGUUUUUUAAGCAAAACUUUUGAACUCCACUUUUGGCUGCCUUCAGAACUCUGCUCGACAAAGUUGAUUUUAAUUAUAUUUACAAAUCAAAAGCAGACAAAUGUAAAUAUACAGCAGUUGUGGGAAUGAAUCAGUGUCGAAAU